UACAAGUCAACUCUCAAGCAGUGUAUCAGCCAAGGGAGAGAGAUGUCUAGGCCCGUCUGGAUGACUCCCGAUUUCUGGACUGGACUCCGGGAUUACUGGCAUCAGCCCGAGGUUGAGGCUGUUUCAACUCGAGCUCGUGCCAACCGGAUGUCCGAGCCCGGUGGGGAGGGUACAGGGAUCAGUAGGCACGUGGGCGGGUCCCAGUCGACUCGUAUCCUGCAGCAGUAUAUGAGCUUGGAUCCUGGUACUCCCCAGGAUGCACCGAACUAUGCCACCUUCCUCCGCCUCCACACGUACGCCGACGGAAGUUAUACGUCGGAGAGAGAUGCUAGAAUUGACGCCGAGGUUCAUCGACUGGCCGCUGCCACAGGACGACAGGAGCGGCUAGACGAGGUGUAUUUGGAGGUGGUGCAAAUUGAUAGGUCACGGAUCUACGGCGUCGGGAGUGCCGGGCAGAGUCAGGCUAGUAGGGGGUCUAUCCGCAGCACGGGCACUUCUGCGGUGUCUCAGCAGCUUUAUGAGACACGGAUCUCCACGCUGGAGGAGCGAUUGGCGGCAGAGCAAGCACAACGCCAACAGAUAGAGGAGCGCAUGGCGGCAGAGCAAGCAGAACGCCAACAGAUGCAGGACCGCGUGGCUCAAUUGGAGGCGUUUAUGAUGAUGUAUAAGGCUCCGCCACCUCCACACCCUGAUGCCGAUGAUGAUGAUGAUGAUGAUGCUUAGACUUAUGUUUAUGUUUUCAAACAAAAUUACAUUUGCACUUUCUUUUCAAAUUUAUGUUUUAUUGAACUAUAUAUUUCAAGUGCUUUAAUUAUUAAAACUAUAAAUGUUUUAUAUAUUUAUGGCAAUGAUGAUGAUGAUUGCAUUUAACAUAAACAAAUAAAUUCAAAUCACAUUAUAAUAACCAAAUUAAAACACUUUUGGUGUAUUAAUGUUAAAAAAAAAAAAAAAUUAAUUAAUUAAUUAAUUAAUUAAUUAUUAAAUAUUAAUUAAAUAUUUUACCGACGAUAAAAAUAAGGACCGAAACGAACUCGCUCACUAAUUAACAACAUAUUUAAGGUAUUAUCUCCACAUAUUCAAAGAUUAUAAUUAUAUGAGUGAGUAUAUAGCAUUUAAAUGAAUUAAUAGAUGUAGAUAUAUCAAUAAUACGAGUGUUCUGUACUGGUGAUCACUCGAAAAGAAUUUCAAAGUUAAGCGUGCUUGACACAUAGCACAAGCAAGAUGGGUGACCCACUGGGAAGUCGGGUCGCCGACUGGGAAGUUCGUCUAAAGUAUGCAAUACCGUAUAAAUACGGAAAUAAAUUGUGGAUAUACAAUAUACAAUAAAAUAAAUAAAUAAAUAAAUAAAUAAAAUAAAAUAAAAUAAAAUAAAAAAAUAAAAUAAAAAA